CCGCCAGCAUGGCCCCCAGCCCCGCGGGGGGACAGGCGCUCCCCGGGGGUGCCCCACUCCUGAGAGCCACCCCAGCCCAGGUCCGCAGUUGUUUGUUGACCUAUGCCAUGGACAUUGGCUUUGGCCACUGAACCCUGCAGCACCUCCGGUCCGGCUGGGCUCAAGGCUUCAUGCUCACUUGCACUCAGAGGUUAGAAGAAAACAAAUCUCCUGGAGCCUCGUGUCCUCAGCAGCAUCACAGCCCGGGGGAGAUGCAGCCACUGGGCUGGGACCGCCACGACCAGCACAGUACCCCAUGGGACCACCACUGGCACCAGCGCUCAGCGGCUUGGGGUUUCCUACCAGCUGGAUUUCCCUCCUGGUUCAGGGAGAAGAGAGCAAGUUCUUUGCACUGUUAAUGUUUGAUCAGGACCUGCCUGUUGCUCUCUGAACUCAUCCUUGUAAUAAAGCCAGGCAGCUGCCGGUGCCAGCCGCAGCGGGAAGGAAGCUGCAGGGUGUUUGAUGUGAGCCCGAAGCUGCAGCUCAGCCCACAACUCAAACAGAGUGCGGAGACAGAUGCAUGUGGGGCGGAGCGGCUGGUCUAGCGGCCACCUGCCUGCUGAUUCAUUUGUGAUCAUUUCUGUAAAGCCAGGGAUCUCUCUCCAAGUGAGAUGGAUUUCAUCUCAUCUCCAAGGGAGGAGAUGGAUUUCAGCUCAGCUGACCCCGUGGAUACACCCUAUGGGAUAUUCGUGCCAACGGUGCUUGCCAUGAGAAGCUGUCAGGCUGCACAUCUCCGUGGUGAAGGCAAGGGGCAAACAGGAUGAUGAUGAUGAUGAUGAUGAGGGAGCCUGAAAGAACACAGCUUUCCAUCUUGUACCACUGACACCAGCAUCAUGCACAUCGUCUCCCUGAGCCCCGAGCCCUCCUCCGUCCCGGCACCCAUCGCCUCCUGUGUGAGCUUUGGACCAACAGAAACUGCAGACGCACCAGCACUCCCUCCGUCAGUUACGGUUUUGGCUACACCCUGGUCUCUGCUGGCAGCGUGGCUGAUGCUCCUGCUCCCAGGUUACUCAUCUGAGCAUCCAUCCUCAGCUGGCAGAAGCAGCCACUCCAAAAUCGCUUCACCAGGGAUGGUGGCAGGCGUGGAGGGGCCAAGGUGCGAGCAGCCUUUGCUUGGACACCACGAUGGCAGAAGCUCCUUCUUCCCUCUGGACGAGUGGGCUCUGAACUUGAGAUGUUCCGAGAGGCAAAUGCAACCCUUGGACAGCUUGCCCUCACGCCUCGGCCGGGGGGCCUGAUUUUCCAGGAGGAGGCAGAUCCCAGUCUUUGAUCCCAACUCUGUGCGAAAGGAAACGUCCUGCCUGCCUUGUGAACUUGCACUGUCUUGAGCUGGAACUUGGCUCUGGCGCAGCCCCUCUCCACAGGGCUUAGAUCAUCCCUCUCCUACGGAGAAUACCCAGCAUCUGGAGGCCCCUCACCGUCCAGGGACACUCUCUCCCAAAGGCUCCUUUAACAGCCCCCUGAGGAUCUCCCUGGGCCAUAAUACUCCCCCAGACAAGCCUUUCUUCUCCUCCCGCCUUUCUUCUGUCAAGGAGCCCCCUGGGACGAGCAGCAUUGUCAGGAUGGUGCCAAUUAGGCUGAAUCGGCUUCCAAGAGGCUGCGCUGGCACCGGCCAGGGGCUGCUGUUGCUCAUAAAGGUCUCAUUGUUCGGCGCGCCGUGGGGCUGCUGGCCGGCGGGGCCGGCGCGGUCCUCUGUCUCAGGCACGCUUCCCGGCUCCAUGCGGUGCUGGUGUCACUGGCGCUGCUCAAAGGGAUGAUUAAUGGGUGUCAUUGCGGGGGCUGCGAAGGGGAGGAUUUGUCAAGUCCCCCUUGGCUCCCCGUGAGGCUCGAACGCACGAGCUGAGAAAAACCAGAGAACCAUCAAAGUGGCCGGAGCUCCUGGAGGGGGGGGGGAAAUCUGGCAGCUUUGGCUCCCUUCCAUGCUUUGUGCCUGACAAUGGUCGGGAUCAACGACUAAUACGCUUUUAUUAACGUCUCCCCUAGAUCUGGCUCAGAGAACAUGGCCACUUCAGUGAGGACGUUCCCAGUUGCCCUGUGGACACCGACUCUGGCUCCCUGGCCAGGAGGAAACACCACCACAGUGGCAGAAGCAAAGUGCAUCUUCAACGAGGAGUUCAAGUUCAUCCUGCUGCCCAUCUCCUACGGCAUCGUCUUUGUGGUGGGGCUGCCCCUCAACUCCUGGGCGCUGUGGAUGUUCAUCUCCAGGAUGAGGCCCUGGAACGCCACAACCACCUACAUGUUCAACCUGGCCAUCUCCGACACGCUCUACGUCCUCUCCCUCCCUACCCUGGUCUACUAUUAUGCCGAUCGCAAUAACUGGCCCUUUGGGAAAUGGCUCUGCAAGAUCGUGCGCUUCCUCUUCUACGCUAACCUCUACAGCAGCAUCCUCUUCCUGACGUGUAUCAGCAUCCACCGCUACAUGGGCAUCUGCCACCCCAUCCGCUCCCUGAAGUGGGUGAAGACCAAGCACGCCCGCAUCAUUUGUGUGGGUGCCUGGCUUGUUGUCACCAUCUGCCUCAUCCCCAACCUCAUCUUUGUCACCACCAGCUCCAAGGGCAACAGCACCCUGUGCCACGACACCACCAAACCUGAGGAGUUUGACCAUUACGUGCACUACAGCUCCUCCAUCAUGGCCCUCCUCUUCGGGGUCCCCUUCCUGGUGAUCGUCCUCUGCUACUGCUUGAUGGCCAAGAGACUCUGCAAGCCCAGCUUCUCCAGCCCCAGCCCCCGAAUGCCCUCCUACAAAAAACGCUCCAUCAAGAUGAUCAUCAUCGUGCUCACCGUCUUUGCCAUCUGUUUCGUGCCCUUCCACAUCACCCGGACCAUGUACUACACCUCCCGCUACUUCCAAGCCGACUGCUCGACCCUCAACAUCAUCAACUUCACCUACAAGAUCACUCGGCCCCUGGCCAGCAUCAACAGCUGCCUCGACCCCAUCUUGUACUUCAUGGUCGGGGACAAGUACCGGGGGCAGCUGCGCCGGGGGCCAGCUCAGCGCCUCCGGCCUGUGCCCACAUGUGACCUGGCCUUGGUAUCCCCCUCCAUGGAGAACAUCCUGGGUGGCAGCCACGCUGCCAGUGACAGACGAGGGACAGCACAGAGCGGAGGCGGGUGCUGAGGGGCCAAAGGGGGUUCCAGUAACUUCAUCCCUGGUCUCCACAAGGUGCAGCCCCUCUAGGCUCUGCGCGGGCACCCUGGCACCCCCAGGUCCCCAAACCCGACCCACUCUGCAGGGGCAAAGGCCUCAGGGCUGAGGGCUGGUGGCCAUGGGGCUCAUCCCAGCCCUGUCCUGGGCUACCAUGGGAGGAGGAUGCUGGUGCCACUCGGGGCAGGACAGCCACUGGGCACCUGUGGGGGUGGGAAGGAUGCUGAGAAAGCCAUUCUGGGGAGGCAGGCUGGCGUCCCAUCCCAGGGCACUUCUGGGGACACGUGGGGGCUGACAAGUGACUAAAGAGAAGGGACACUGGUCCCUCCCUGGGCACACACAGCCCUUUCAGUUUGCUCAACAGUGACAUGUGGGGACUGGACUGAACCUGGGGACAGCGUCAGUGCUGGGCCCCCGCGUACCUGGUGGAGGUUCUCGGGGACAUCCCCAUCACUGCUGGCCUUGGGAGAGGCGGGGAGGGACGUGGCACAGGGCUCUUGCUGCCCAUCACUCCCCAAUAAAGCCCCUUUCCCCUU